CCGAGGUUCAAAUACUUCAGCCCCCUGCGGCUGCGCAGCUCCCGAGUCCCUUCAGAGGCGCCUGGGCUUCCCCGGGCCGGACCCGGCGCCUUUUGAGCGCCCUCCGCUCCCGCUGACGGCGCUGAGGGUGUCAGGCCCCUGCGGCUCGGGUCUUUGCUCAGAAGAAGGAGAUGUCAGCUCAGAUCUAAUGCAGAGUCAGUGGCGUGCAUGGCUGCAAAGUAACUGACCGUUAAAUUGUAUGAAGGGUGGGCGUGGCUGUGAGGGUCCCAGGAUAGGAGAGAGAGAAGAAGGGUAAGUCUUUGGUCAUAAUACAAUGGAUGCACAAACCAGAAAAAUGGCUCAGUUAUUGGACAAUGAUCAGUUCUUGGAAAAAGUAGGGGUAAGCACGGGAUCUGACACAGUUCCGGUGAAAGGCCGACCAUCCUGGCAUGAUAUUACAAUAACAGAUUUGGAGCCUGAUAACGGAUUACUGGUUACACACAUCAACCAGACACAAGACCUGCUGAGAGUGCAAAAGAGGAAAAUGCGAUCCAGUGAGGUGCAAACCACAGAAGAAUGGCUAAGAAACCACAGUUUAGAAUCCAUGCAAUUAACAUUAGAAGAGCUCCUAAAGAAAGGCAAUGUUGUUUUGAAUGCAAGAAAUGCCACAGAACAGAUAGAGUUUGCUGCCAAGACAGUUGUUAAUUUUGAAUCCAAGCUGUCUGAAGCAAUUGAACUUUAUCACCAGCGAAUUCAGUGGCUGUUGGAGGACAGCAGAAAGGUGUUCGGCCUUAUAAAAGGGAACAAAGUUGGACUCCUGGUUGAUGUAUCUGAUAUAAGUUGCGGACCUCGACUAUUUGAGUUCCAGAAAGACCUUUUGUGUCUAAUAGAUGAACAGCUGUGUUAUAAGAAGCAAUUAUAUUUCCUCUCCUUUGGUACUGAGAUUUCAUCUCUAUGGGAGAAUCCAACAAACAUCAAUGUGCGCGUCCUAGAUGAAGCAAGACAGUGGGUGCAGGAGCUGCAACCCAGUGGAGGCUGCAAUUUUCUGAAAGCUUUAAAGAAGGUCCUUACAAUGAGGGAACUGAAUUCAUUGGUUCUUAUUGUAGGAAGCUGCCCUGAUCAGUCUUCGGAAAUAUUGUGUGACUAUAUUCAGCAAUGUACCUUGGGGAGAAAGCUUCUGAUACACACCAUUACAUAUGAGUGUAGCAGUCAUGUUCCUCCUGCUGUUUUAAAGAACCUUGCGGAAGUUGUUGGAGGCCGUUAUCACUGCUAUUCUUCAAAGAAUGAGAAUUACGAUAGUAGUGAUGUUUAUCUGCUACUUUGUGAAUCCCAAAAAGCUAAGAACGUUCUCAGCAGCAUCAAAGAAAUUUUCCAGGGAAGGAUUGGUGAUUCAGUUAUUGGUAGAGUACAAGAUAUUUCCACAGUAUUUACCAAGUUGACGCCUGCUAGUUUCCUACCCAAGCCUCCAAACCAUGAAGGACCUCUUGUUGUUCAAAUGCCAAGCUUCCUGGCCAAAACCUCUGCAUGCUGGUUAAAGACAAAUGGAUUGAAAGCCAAGAAGUUAAGCCUUUAUCAAGUUUUGGCUCCUAAUGCUUUUUCACCUGUGGAAGAAUUUGUGCCUAUUCUUCAGAAAACUGUGUCAUCAACUCUGCAUGAGAAAGCAAUGAUGCAGUUUGAAUGGCAUGAUGGGACUGUGAAAAAUGUCCACGUGGACCCACCAAUAUUAUAUGACUAUCAGAAACAGCUUGAUAGAAUGGUGAGAACGUAUGAGAGGCGAAUAGACUGGCUUUCUGUCGCUAGCAGAAGAAUAUGGGGAACUGUUUGUGAACUGAGGGUUGUUAUACUUGUUGAUAUCUCAAUAACAAAUUCCUUGUACAUCAUUCAUAUCCAACAUUCCUUGCGACUUUUACUUGAAGAACAAAUGUCAAACAAGGAUUUCUUCAAUAUUAUAGCAUUUGGAAGUGACAUCAAGUCUUGGAAACCAGAAAUGGUUCCUUGUAAUCCAGAAAAUUUACAAAGUGCCUGGAGAUGGGUGUUGAGCCUGCAGUGCAAAGGCAGUAGAAAUUUCAUGAGUGCUCUAAGAAGAGCAGUGGAAGUAGACCUCAAAGAUAAAGACAAACAUGUAUCUCAAGGACUUUAUCUGCUUACCACUGGAGUUCCUGACCAGGAGAUACAUGCAGUUAGUACUUACGUGGCCGAUGUCUGUGGCGGUUGUGAUUUGCAGCUUCAUGUCUGUCUGUUCAGUAUAAAUGGUUUUGACCCCAGUGGCAUUAUUCCAUCUCGUUAUGCCAGUCCAAAUGAAACCGCCAGCACAUUUAGAGAAAUAGCACAUGCUGCCAAUGGAAGGUUUCAUUGGUUUGGAGAAACAGGCAUUUAUGAAAGUGAUGAUAUCAGUAUUAUUGUGUCUGAAAUGGAAAAAGCAGUCAACUACUCCCAAAAGUGUGCCUUGCUGGUGGAAUCCUUAAAGCAACGUUCAGGAACUCAGUUGGUUAAUCAGUUUAUCCCAGAAGAAGAUUUAAAGAUGCUCUUAAAAAAGGAGAGAACUAGAGUACAGAAAUUGCUGCCUCCUAAACCUACAGCUCUCACUCUGGCUAGAAUGAAUAUCAAAGACAAUCAUGAGGGGGAAAAAAAUGCUGCCUUAAAAGCUCUGACAUGGCGUCCAACUAGUGCCAAAGCAGAAAUCCCACCACCUCAGCCGAUAAAAGAAUGGACUCAGACUUCUGUGAAGAAGAAAUAUAAAUCAAGAAAACAGUCACAGAUCUCCCUCUCAGUAUUUUAUAUUGACAAAGGAAAAAAUGUGGGUGCAGUUUACAGAAAGUAUCCAAAGAAAAAAAGUGUGAGGAGGUCUGUUCCUAUUGCUACACUGCCAAAGGAAGAGGAAAUAUGUUCAAGCAAAGAGUGGUUGAACAAGUACAGUAUAAAAAAGUUGAAGUUAGAGUUGCCCAGAAUUAUGUUUGGUCCCAACUGUGUUCACCAGAAGAAAACGGUGGAGUCUUUGCACAAGAAAGUGUCAGCAAAAUACUGUACCAUUUUCCCCAGUGUGGAAAUCAAUGGUAUUGUGAAACACCUACAAUUUCAGCCUAAGGAACUAGAAGACUAUGUUGAACAAAUGGAGAGGGUGUUACGUUGCUAUAUACGAAGAAUACAGUGGCUUCUUUCAGGAAGCCGGCGAUUAUUUGGCACCAUUUUGGAGACAAAGGUAUGCAUCUUGAUUGAUACAUCUGGUUCCAUGGACCCUUAUUUGCAACAGGUCACAAAAGAGCUUACCUCCCUCAUCUGGGAACAGCUAAGAAAGAAUAAUGCUAGGUUUAACCUGCUGAGAUUUGCAGAAGAUAUAGACACUUGGCAGGACUUUCUUGUAGAGGCUACAGAUGAAACAUGUCAUGAUGCUGUACAAUGGGUGUCAAAAUUCCAAGCUCAUGGCAAUACAUGUGUCCUUAAGGCUUUGCAGAAAGCUUUCUGUUUUCAAGAUCUAGAGGCACUGUAUGUUAUGACCGAUGGAAAGCCAGAUACCAGCUGCAGUCUCAUUCUAAAAGAAGUUGAAAAGAUUAGAAAGAAACAAACUAUUAAAAUCCACACCAUUUCUUUUAACUGUUCAGACAGAAGAGCUAAUGAAUUUCUGAAGAAGCUGGCCUCUCAAACAGGAGGACGCUACCAUCGCUGUAUUGGAGAUAUGGAUGGACAGUUAGCAGCACACAGAAUGUUGACAGAAGGGUUUGAUGAUGAUGAUGAUCCAGUUUUUCCUUUCUUCGAAGGAGAUGAUUUAAAGAAACUUGCUCAAGAAGUAGCAAAAGCCAGAAGCUUUUUAAUGCAAGCAAAAUCCUUUAGGUUGCUAUUAGAAAAAUGGAAUUUGGACCAAAAGGACAAUUCUUUUUUUAAAAAAAAUCCUCAGGUGCUUUGCUAGGUCAGGGCUGUGACAGAGGUGAAGACUUUCUGCCAGUUGAAGCCUGCAGCCUGGACAGUAAAUCAGGCCGAGAAUGCACAUACAGUUCAACCUUUGUAAGCAUGGGGAAAUAAUAAGUUUGGAUAAUAAGGAUUUUGAAAAAUUAAGCAAAUUUGCAAUGUAAUUAAUAGAUAAAAUGGGGAUACAACUGUUUAUCCUAACUGAGGUCCAGAAUGUUUUUUACACUGUAUUAUUGUAAUAAGAAUUGCUUCAAUGAAUUGGCAUUGUAUGUUGAGCCUCUUAUUUGGUUUUGUUUUUUUACAGUCAUUUUAAGACUCCAGAUAUUAUCCUUGAUGGGUAAAAGAGAUGGACUAUCAUCCUAAAAAGAAAAUUAUUCCCAACGUCUUUAUAUAGUGAUGUCAAGAAACAACUGUUUGCACAGAAAAAAAAUAAAGCCUAAAGUUGAAGAGAA